AUGGCGACCAUUUCGGGCACGGGACGGGUGACAAAGACGGGUACUGUAGCGCGCUACGACAAUGGAGCCGAAAAAGUGUAUGAUUUGAGACUCGACCUCCGGUCCAAAGACGAGCAUGAACGAAUACGGCGACACAAGCAGGCACAGAAAGAAUACGGCCGAGGACGACAGAUCGACAUCAAGAACAUCAAAGACAAGAAGCUCAAGCGGAACCUUGGCAACCUGGAGACGCGAUUUCAACGCGCAGCUGACCAAGCGAAGGACUCGGAACUCCUUCUCGAACACGAGGGUGGAUUCCUAGAGCCCGAAACCGAGUUGGAGCGCACAUACCGGGUGCGGCAGGAUGAGGUGGCCCGAAGCGUGGCAGUGGCGGCGGCACAGAAGCGGUUUGACCUCAAGCUUGACCAGUUGGGCCCCUACCUCUGCGAAUUCACGCGGACGGGCCGUGAGCUUUUGCUUGCUGGACGUAAGGGCCAUGUUGCAACGAUGGACUGGCGUGAGGGCAAACUGGGCUGCGAGCUGCAACUGGGCGAGACGGUGCGCGACAUUCGGUGGCUGCACAACAACCAAUACUUUGCGGUGGCGCAAAAGCGCUAUACCUACAUAUACGACCGCAAUGGCGUGGAGCUCCACUGCUUGCGGAAACAUGUCGAGGUAUCGCACAUGGAGUUCCUGCCGUACCAUUUCCUUCUGGCAACGAUGGGCAUGUCCGGUCAUCUCAAGUACCAGGACGUGUCGACGGGACAGCUCGUCUCCGAGAUCUUUACCAAGUCAGGCACUCCUGUGUCUCUGACGCAAAACCCGCACAACGCUAUUCUCCAUACCGGCCACCAGAAUGGCACCGUCACACUUUGGUCACCGAACUCGUCCGAACCCCUGGUCAAGAUGCUGGCACAUCGUGGGCCAGUGCGCUCCCUCGCGAUCGAUCGCGAGGGUCGAUACAUGGUCUCGGCAGGCCAGGACUGCCGUAUGAACGUAUGGGAUAUUCGCAUGUUCAAGGGCGAGAUAAAUUCCUACUUUACAAACGGUCCCGCAACGUCGCUCGCCAUAUCCGACAAGGGUCUUACGGCCGUAGGCCACGGAACACGGGCGACGGUGUGGAAGGGCAUUCUUUCGGGCCCCGGCGCGACUGCUGAAAAGGUGCAAAGCCCUUACAUGGCCUGGGGUGGCGAUGGCAAGACAAUUGAACGCGUGCGCUUCUGUCCUUUUGAGGAUGUGCUCGGCGUGAGCCAUAACGCCGGCUUCUCCUCGUUGAUCAUUCCUGGAGCCGGUGAGGCCAACUUCGACGCUUUGGAGGUGAAUCCCUACGAGACGGCCAAGCAGCGGCAGGAGGCCGAAGUCAAGGGCCUGCUGAACAAGUUGCAGCCGGAGAUGAUCGCAUUGGAUCCCAACUUUAUCGGCAAGCUGGAUCUCCGCUCGGAGAAGCAGCGGCGGGCAGAGCAAGACCUCGACGCGGUACCUGUGGACAUUGCGGCGGAGAUUCGGAAUAAGGCGCGAGGCAAAAGCACGGCUCUGAAGAAGUACCUGCGGAAGCAACGGAAGAAGAAUGUCAUCGACGAGAAGCGCAUGAAAGUAGAUGAGAUCUGGAAGGAGACCCAAGCUCGCAAGGACGACAAGCUGAAGGAGGCCAAGGCCGAAUUGGGCCCGGCUCUGAGGCGGUUCGUCCGCAAAGAGUAA